CGCGCGACGGGUGUGUGAUGCGCGCGUAGUCAGAUCUCACGAGAAUGGAGUCCGCCGUGGACUCAGCGUCGACAGCAAGCGAGGUGAGCGGAUCGUCGGGUGGUUCGCCGCGAGUGAAGGCGGCCUCGCCGGCCCGUGCAAUGUCUCCGCCGCAGCUGCUGGCGCCGCGAAUGCCGCUGCCGCCGCCGGGGCUCGGGCUGCUGGGCUCGCUGCAGAUGAUGCACCACUCGCCGCUCGAGCUGAUGGCCGCGGCCCACCAUCACGGUCCGCCGCGCUACGGCAGCCCACCGCCGAUCUCCACCUCGGACCCGUCCGCUAACGAGUGUAAGCUGGUCGACUACCGCGGUCAGAAAGUCGCUGCGUUCAUUAUUCAAGGCGACACGAUGCUGUGUCUGCCGCAAGCGUUCGAACUCUUCUUGAAGCACUUGGUAGGCGGACUGCACACAGUGUAUACGAAGCUGAAAAGACUGGACAUAGUGCCGCUGGUGUGCAAUGUGGAACAGGUUCGCAUCCUGCGCGGGCUCGGCGCCAUUCAGCCCGGGGUGAACCGCUGCAAGCUGCUGAGCUGCAAGGACUUCGACGUGCUGUACCGGGACUGCACCACGGCAAGGUGCCUGUCAAUGAAAGCGCCAGACAGCUCCAGACCGGGCCGACCUCCGAAGCGCGCGUCCGGCGUGGGUCUCUCUCUCGCCGCGACGCAGUUCACCGGACACCCCUUCAAGAAGCACCGCCUCGAGAACGGGGACUACUCGCCUUAUGAAAACGGACAUAUGAGUGAAAUGGCUCGAAUGGAGAAAUCUCCUCUACUUGCAAACGGGUACAACGCGCCACCCACGCACCUGGGUCCCAUGGGUUUCAUGCAUCAACAUGCACUCAUGUCCCCUGGCAUGCCUCACCACGGCGUGCCUAGACCUGAUGGCUCCAUCAUCAAGGGACAGCCCAUGCACAAUAUGGAGGCUCUGGCAAGAUCUGGUAUUUGGGAGAACUGUAGAGCAGCGUACGAGGACAUCGUUAAACAUCUGGAAAGAUUGCGCGAUGAACGAGGGGACAUGGAAAGAGUAAUGGCUAUGGACAAGGCUCGUGAGGGAUCACAUAAUGGUUCAUCCCCCGGCCACAGUCCAGUGUUAAACCUUUCAAAGUCGGGGUCUGGAGACCGUGACAGACCAGAUAGAGGAGACCGAGAGCGUGGGGACAGGGGGGAAGGGUCAGCCAGUGGUCGCAGCUCAGCCGCCUCCCGCCGCACCCCUCAGCCCCCGCGGAUGCCCUCCGGAGCCACCGCAGCAGCGUCGCCGAGGUCACACACGGACGAAAGCGAUGCAGCCAUGUCUGACCAAGAAGACCAUGUUAAGGAAGAAGAUGAUGGUGGUGAUUUAAGUGACGGUGAUCGCGAGCCUGCAUCAUCAUCACCGGCUCCUGUCAGCUACGCGGCGCCCACCGGGACGCCCCCUUCCGUCCCUGUGGACCCCACGGCAGACACCCUGGUGUCGUCUACAGAGACGCUGCUCAGAAAUAUCCAGGGCUUGCUGAAGGUGGCAGCCGAUAACGCAAGGCAGCAGGAGAGACAAAUCAGUUACGAGAAAGCCGAAUUGAAGAUGGACGUUUUGAGAGAAAGAGAGGUAAAAGACAAUUUGGAAAGACAACUACUGGACGAACAAAAAAUGAGAGUGAUGUACCAAAAACGACUAAAGAAAGAAAGGAAACAACGCCAGCACAUCCAGGAGCAACUGGAGAUGGAACUGAAGCGACGGCAGAAGAUCGAGGAAGCGCUCAAGCAGUCCGGAGCUCCUUCCGAAAUCCUCAGGAUUGUUACUGAGAACCUGACGCCUUCAUCGCAAGACACGCCGAGAUCGGAGCGAGAGAAUGGAUCAGAAAGCAAAACGCCCAGUGCCGAGCCCCCCGCCUCCUCCCCCCCGUUCCAGAGAGACCCCCCGCGCACCCCUGAUAAGCCCCAAUGGAACUAUCCUCCACCGCCAGUGGAUAUCAUGAGCGGCGGUGCCGCUUUCUGGCAAAACUAUUCUGAAUCUUUGGCGCAAGAAUUGGAAAUGGAGCGUAAGUCCCGACAACAAGCCAUGGAGCGCGACGUCAAGAGCCCGCUGUCCGACCGCGCCAGCUACUACAAAAACUCUGUCCUCUUCAGCUCCGCUACUUAGCUACCAAACCCCGGGGCCGACUACCCCGAAGAAAACGACAAGGACGUCGACGAAACAAGAAAACCCAUGAUCAGCGUCAAACCUGAGUUCAGGGAGAAAUGAAACCCAAAGAUUUUGGUGCCGAUACACCGCACGUGCGUUUAAAUCCGAAUGCUCAGAUGUAAAAAAUUUCUCAUAUUAUCACUUUGGCGUCUACGGAUCUCGAUGAAAAUGUACUUCCCAUUAUUGAGAUUAGUUUGUACAUAUUGUUAUUCGCGUUGUUUAAACGUAGACUUCGCGGACUUCCUAUGAAGUGUCGCGAACUCUUCUUCCAUAGUGAAAUUUGUAAAUAUUUCUUAUAUAAUAGAUUAAGAACGAUUUUUGGUGAUUCACGUAAUUUAUACGUCAACAUUUAAAUGUAUUAUGGGAAUACUUUUAACCUUAUCAUUAAAUGCCAUAUUUAUCAAUUAAGUAUCCUUAUUUACUAUUUGUAUAUCAAAAUCGUCAGGUUUUCCGUUUAUUACAUGGUUCGUACCUACAUUUUACAUAUCAUAAGCUGUAUUGAUUUUGGAAUCGAUUUGAAACAAUGGUUGGAAUUGAUGAAAGGCUGGUUUUCGAUAAUUUUCCAAAAUUUUGUAUGAUGAGACUGUAUUAACUAGUCUCUCGGUUUUACAAAUGGCAGAUAUUUAAGUUCCUAUGAAACUUUUCUUUAGUAAAUAGAAUCAUUUGAUAUGCCAGUAAAAUGAAUGAAUAGGUAGGUACACAUUUAUUUAAAUGUUCAUGAUAAAUGUACAGUCGCGUUCAAUACUAAUACGGUGAACUUCACAAUUAUGUAAUUUAUUCAAUUUUAGUGCAAUGAUUAGGUGUAACUGAAACUAGUGUAUCUUCUAAAUCAUAAACAUGUAAUAUAGUUAAGUUAGCGGUUUUAUUAAACAUUACAUUUUUACAAUUCUUUAUUGACUGAACCGAGAACAUUUUUGCGUACAAUGUAAACUAAGAUUUUCUUUAUAUUUCCUGACGUAGGUGUUGUAUAAAUAAUGAUAAAAGCAGUAUCUCAUAUCCAUAAUGCAGAGUCGAUGUACAUGGGUAGCGUUCUACACUAAGUGCAGUAGUUUUAACCUAUACAUAUUAAAGUAUAAAAUAGUGUUAUUUAUAUGAUGAUUAGAUUACGGAAUGACUUUGAAUGUCUAAAAUAGUAAUCGUAAGGUUUAGAAAUUGUAUUUAGCAUUGAAUUGGCGCUUGGCUAUUGAUAUGUUAUUGUUAUUUUUAACUCGCAUUUAAUUGAUUGUCAUUUUAGCAAAAGUAUGUAGUAAAAUAGCAAUAGUUGAUUUUAAUCCUUUAUUUAGUUUGGUGGAACCCAAUUUUACCCGAAAAAUAGUCAGGCGCCGAUUAAAAUGGUUGCUUGAUGCAAUUAAUUUCAUAUUAUCUGUAAUGGGUAAUGAAACGUAAUGGAUAAAACUUAGUUGUUACUAUAAAUGUUUAGCUGAGCAUGUGUGAAUGUGUAAAGAUGCAUGAAUGUGGUACUUUGUAUCAGUUACUUUCAUUUUACUACAUAAUUCGUAUAUUGACUGACGGGCAAUGCCUUUCGACACCUUUGUAAUUAUUUGCAGUACUAUUUAGUACUUAGUUCUUUGAUAAAAAGCUGAGGCUUCUCAAUGUACCUUUACUUUGUAAAUUGGUUCAUAGAUGGCAAUCCUUAAAAACGAGUAUUAUUAUUUAUUUCUAUUAUAAUUAUUAUUAAUUUUAAUUAAAAUUGUGUGUGUGCCUUGUAUUGUAGAUGAAA